UCCUGAUGCGGAAGUAAACAAACUCAGCUGACGUGGAGCUGCAGCUUGUCGCGUCCAGCUCACUCGAUACCAGGACUCCACUCUUCUACAAACUGUGUGUAACUCUUUGUAAUCAUAUACACUAAGCUGCUUAGGUUUGGGUCCUUCUGAAAGUAACCCAGAGUUCUGCGAAGAAGCUUGUUGUGGAAGGAGAAUGGCGGAGGAGGCCUCCAAGCCGUUUGCGGGCCUGUCAGACGUCGCCAUCUCCGCCGACAUUCCCGUAGAGGGGGACAUUUCUGUUCCCGUCGCGUCCUCCCGGCGGGACGAUGAGCUCUCCACGUUAGACGAGCCGGUGAAGGAAACCAUUCUACGGGACCUGCGGGCCGUGGGGAGCAAGUUUGUACAUGUGCUGUACCCGAAGCGAAGCUCGGCUCUGCUGCGGGACUGGGACCUGUGGGGGCCGCUCCUGCUCUGCGUCACUCUGGCUCUGCUGCUGCAAGGCGGCUCGGCCGACAUCCAGGACCAGGGAGGACCGCAGUUCGCUGAGGUGUUUGUCAUCAUUUGGUUCGGCUCCAUCAUCAUCACCGUCAACUCCAAGCUGUUGGGCGGCACAAUUUCUUUCUUCCAAAGCCUGUGUGUUCUUGGAUACUGCAUCAUGCCACUGACAGUGGCGAUGGUUGUGUGUCGGCUUGUCCUGCUCGGCGGCUCGGGUACAGUCAGCUUUGCCGUGCGGCUGGUGGUCGUCACGGCGUCCUUCGGCUGGUCCACUUUUGCCUCCACAGCUUUCCUUGCUGACAGUCAGCCACCCAACCGCAAGGCCCUGGUGGUUUAUCCGGUGUUUCUCUUCUACUUUGUGAUUGGAUGGAUAAUCCUGACAUUCUCACCGUCCUAGUAGAGACAAAUAAAAAGUGGGGAUUAAGUCUGAGUUCACUAGAAAGAGAUGAGCAGCACCACUGACUGGAGUUGGAGGACUCUAAUGAGCACUGUGUUCCUAGGAACUCAUAUGAAAAAUUAAUGAAUUGACUGAAUGUGUCGUGGGUCAUAAAAUUUUGACUACUAUUACACCAUGAAAAUUAAGUUUUGUUUUUUGUUGUUUUUUGGGUGGGAGUGGUGUGAUGCUUGGUGGUGAGCCCUUGCAAUCAGACUAGUGUUUUGACUAGUGUUGCAAAUGGAGACAGAUUUGUUUAUAUUUUUAUGUUUGACUAUAAACUGCAUAAAAUAAACUACAGUGGCUUAUAGAU